ACCAGUCUGUUAAGGAACUACUUAAGCAAGGAUUGCAUAGCUAAUCGUAACGGAAACCAAAACGUAACGCGUAAGCGAGUGCCGACAACCGAAUACCGAAAACAACAUGGAUACCAAAGCGACGUCCAACGCGGGCCCAACGGCCACGCACCUACCGUCGGCCACUUACCCGGCGACCUCUCCGUACGCGAAGGCGGGCCGUUCUUCGCAUCAGUAUUUUAGUUUAAGAUGGAACAACUAUCAGUCGAACAUGACGUCCGUGUUUCACGAGCUGCUCGAGUCGCAGUCGUUCGUCGACGUUACGCUGGCCUGUGAAUAUAAUUCACUAAAGGCGCACAAGGUGGUUUUGUCGGCAUGUUCGGCGUACUUUCAAAAAAUACUGCUGGACAACCCGUGCAAACAUCCCACGAUCAUCCUGCCGGCGGACAUCUGUUUCUCCGAUCUGCAGUUCAUCAUCGAGUUCGUGUAUCGCGGCGAGAUCGACGUAUCAGAGGCGGAACUGCAGAGCCUACUACGGACUGCAGAACAGUUGAAAAUCAAGGGCCUAUGUGAGGUAGGCGAACCACAGUACGAGCAGGACUACUCGCCCGCGCUCAAGCGCUACAAACCGUAUCGAUCGCGUUCGCCCCCGGAUAACCGGAACCAUCACCACCAGCAACCUCCUCCCCCACCUCCACCGCCCGGAUCGGGAUCGUACGGUGGGCUCGGCGGUGGUGGCGGCGGCAGCAACAACAGCGGUGCUGGAGCAUCUGCCGCUGGUGGUCGAUCCGGCGGAGGAUCGCACGGUAACGGUUCCACGUCGUCUUCGCAGGCGUCCUCCGGGUAUAGUGAAAACGGCAAAAGUUGUGGUGGCAGCAAAGGGCGAAGCUAUCACCACCACCAUCUCCACCCGCCCCAUCUUCAUUCGCACCUGCUGCAGCAGCACGGUGGUGAAGCGGGUGGAUCUACGCCUUCCCCGUCCGCGGCCGGAGCAUCGAGCACGACCAGCAGUAGCCGCCUAAGGGGGGAGGACGAUGGAUCGCCGUCCGCUGUAGUAGUGGUAGAAUCACACGACCUCACUACCACCAGCAGCCAGACGCGGAGUUCUGCGGCCAAGAAUAAACACUACCUUCCUCACCUGCAUCAUCAUCAUCAUCAUCACCUGCCGCAGCAUCAUCAUUCGCAGCACCAGCACUCGAUUGCCAGCAAAAUGGCCAGUCUAGGCAUGGGCGUUGGAAUAAAUGGUUCCGUUAUGGGCGUACCGAUGGGUUACUUGGAUUUUGCACCGGAACCACCAGCACCCACGGCGACACCGGUGACAGAACAUGUGGACAUUAAUUGUGCGCCUAGCCACGAUACCCGUGAUCUGUCCAGUAAGUAUUCUGUGCCAAACGAUGGUGAUUUACGAGUGAAAUUCGAAACGUUACGUUCACUAGAUCAUCCCCCGAACGCAGUUCAACUGGACAAUCAGGUCAUCAGCCAUCAGCAGCUGCACCACCAGCAGCAGCAGGCGCAACAACAGGCGCAACAGCAAUUGUUGCAUCAACAGCAUUUACUGCAACAGCAGCAGCAGCAACAACAAGCGGCGGCAGCGGCAGCGGCGGCAGCAGCGGCGGCGGCGCAUCGGCAAACACCGCAGCCUCCGGCGCAGCAGCCACAAAAUGACCACCGACAUUCGCCACCACACAUGCAGCAACAGCAGCAACAGCAGCAGCACGUAAUGUUGAUGGAUCCCCAGCAGCAACAGCACCAUCCGACCACUCACAGCCCCGCCUCGAGUGUAUCGUCCUCAUCUUCCAGUCAACAUCCGGAGAACUUGGUAACUGGUGGUGGCGCUGGUGGUGGCGGAGGGGCAGCUGGAGGGGCGACGGGCAUCCCACCGAGCGCCGCCACCAGUAGCAAUGGUAGCAAUGGAGGCGAGGAGCUGCUGAAACCGAGACUGAACUUAAAACAGGAAAUCAUUAACGAUGCCGAGCAGCAGCAACAGACGAUGGAGGUCGAGCAAGAUCAGUCAUCGAUGCACGGCAGCAGUGGCAUGGUGGUGACACCGGAAAUCUCCGGCAUUAUGAACCAAAGCCAGAUGAGCGAUAUGUAUCAAUCGGACGCAAGCGAGGAUUCCAAGGCGGGCAUUUUGGACGGGUCUUCGAUCCAGUACACCAAUCUCACCAGCCCGAACGAGGCGAAAACGCCAACCGGACCCAAGACGUGGACCGCCGAGGAUAUGGAGUCGGCGUUGGAAGCGUUGCGCACUCACAACAUGAGCUUGACCAAGGCUUCCGCAACGUACGGCAUUCCGUCGACCACACUCUGGCAGCGUGCCCAUCGACUCGGUAUCGAUACGCCCAAGAAGGAGGGUCCGUCGAAGACGUGGAACGAAGAUUCUCUUAACAACGCCCUGGAAGCACUGCGCACGGGGACGAUCUCGGCCAACAAGGCCUCGAAAGCGUUCGGCAUUCCGUCGUCCACACUCUACAAGAUUGCGCGCCGCGAAGGCAUACGGCUGGCGGCACCGUUCAACGCGGCGCCCACCACCUGGUCCGCGGAGGAUCUAGACCGUGCCUUGGAAGCGAUUCGCGCCGGACAGACGUCGGUGCAGAAGGCGAGCACCGAGUUUGGCAUUCCGACCGGCACACUGUACGGGCGGUGCAAGCGCGAAGGGAUCGAGCUUUCGCGUUCCAACCCCACGCCCUGGUCGGAGGACGCGAUGAUGGAAGCCUUAGAAUCAGUCAAACAGGGACACAUGUCGAUCAAUCAAGCCGCCAUCCACUACAACCUGCCGUACAGCUCGCUGUACGGUCGGUUCAAGCGUGGCAAGUACGAUACGCCGAGCUCGGGUGGUGGUGGCAGUGGCGGUGGCGGCGGUGGUGGCAGUUCGUCAAACGCUGCUGCUGCUGCUGCUGCUACCGGUGGCGGUGCCGGUGCCGGAGGAGGAAACAGCAACGUCGGUGGUAGUCCCCAGAUGGAGUUUAAAAUAGAACCACAGCAUAAUGAUCAUAGUCCAGAGAAUACGCAACAUUACAAUCCUGCACUGUCGGCAUCAUCGACGCCAACGAGCAAUGCUCCAACGCAACAGCAGCAGCAGCAGCAGCAGCAGCAACAGCAGCAGCAGCAACAACAGCAGCAGCAGCAACAGCAGCAACAGCAGCAGCAGCAACAACAACAGCAGCAACAACAGCAGCAGCAGCAACUCUCCCACCAUUUAGUCCAAUCGGCGCCAACACCUGUUAGCGUUCACAUUAUCGAUCCCGCACAUCACCAUCUUCCGCAUCCACAUCAGCAGAUCCACCAACAGCAGCAACAGCAGCAGCAGGUGGUCGCUCAGCAUCAGCAGCAGCACCACCACUUGCACCAUCAGCCGCAGCUGAUUCAGCAUCACAUCAUUCCGCAGCAGCACCACAUAAUCUACCAACAGCCGCUGCAACCGAUUCAACAGCAGCCCCAGUACCACCCGAUGUACCACAUCAUCAAGCAGGAGAACGACAGAAGUUGAAAGCACCGGCGUCCGCGUCAUCGCUACAGCCAGCACCACGAUCACUAUCAUCAGCAGCAGCAACAACAGCAUCACUACGAUGACGGCACGAUCGACGCAAGGACUGAUCAAUAGUAGUACCACAAGCAUUAAUACAGAAAAGUACGGAGAAGAUUCGCCAGUACAGUACGCGGAUUACAUUGGUUCCCGGUGCUUCCGAUAGUUUGAUUAUUCUGCUGCUCCCAUCGAGAUAGUAUCACGUUCGACGUUCUUUUUUGGCAAUACAGCACCCUUCAUACGUAUCUUCCAGACCUGAUAAGUUUUGGCAUGAACUCCGGUGCUCUGGUCCGAGCACUACAUUAAUCACAGGGCAAGUGCAGGCGGGAAAAGAUGUCAGAAAAAGUGCGUCACGUCAAGAAUGUUUUGUUACAGUUCACAUCACAGCGCUAACUAAACCUGUCAGCGGGCAGUGUUCGAUCAAAAAUGUGCAAAGAAAAACGCAGCUAAUUUAAAGGUCUCUCUAUCUAGCGUGAGUCACAAACCCCCACACAAAGUGUUCGGAUCGGACAAAAACUAACGUGUGUGUGUUGGACUUAUAGUUAGUUAUUUUUUAGUAAACCGUGCAACCUACUAAACAUCUCCCCUCCGUUAAUGGAUGUGGAUAAACAAAAGGUGUGUGAUGCGUAGUCGAAAUGGAUUGACAGAAGCCAGAAGUCAGAAAAGAGGGGCUCUAUGAGUAAUGCUGAUACAGGAACAGGACAGACGGCUAACACAUAUGAGUUAGACAUUAGUAAAAUAAAGCCCCUCCAAACCCGAUGUGUGGCAGCGUGCCGCCGCGUACAGUAAUAAAAUCGAAACUGUGCGGCAGAUUGUUGACCAAUUGAUGGCAGCCAACAGCGAAAGUACUGUAAAGUGUAAAGUUGAACAAAUGCUUCCUCAUCCCCGUGGCGUUGUCGCUAACGUAACGCUGGGUUUAGAUUUCUGGCCGAUUCGGGCUACGAACGUCGUUACAGUUGCCAAAUCAUGAACUCCCCGCGGUGGUACUACACAACUGCGCCUGGUUGUUGUGAAGUGUAGAGCGAGAUAAAUAAUGCAGGAGAUGCGAAUAACCUAAAAUGGAGAGGCCCACGUAAAGACAUUGAAAUGUGACUUAUCGUUUGCUGAUAGAGAGAAAGCAUUUACCUUCCGUAUUAUAGGCUACAAAUGGUUUAAUUUUCAUUUUCUUCGGAUGCUCGUUUGUUGUUAAAAGUCUGAAGCAACCGUUUUUUUAAGCGCCCGUGCGCCAAUUUAGUUGUGUGUUGUCAACAGCUCUCAACAGCGACGCACGCACACACACUUCUUUCGAAGCUUGUGGUAAUACACUACAGUGACUAUCCAAAUAUAAUAAAAAAUGACUGAACCAUUGACAUGAUUACUUUUACACCGAUUAGUUAUGUUAAAAACAUGUCAAAGAAUAAUCUCAACAGAGGUGUAUGUCAGCCGUUGUUGCAGACAGUCCAAUGCGUUCACUCUCAGCGCCUCAUUGCCUGUGACUCUUUCACUUAGUGUGUGUACGGCGUAACGGUUGUUGCAGGGUUUUUGAUAUGGCGCAUAAUUGUAGUCUUUGAAAGAAUUAAUAGCAGUUGGAUCUGUAGAAUAUUUCAAAGCAAAAGAAGCGCUAUGCGUUAAAAGUUGGACGCAGAAUUUAUACAAAACUUAUGUUCCCGAUACUCUGGAAGUGAUUAUCGAUUGACCACGUCUUGUUAGUGUUCUUAUUUCUGUUUGCGCUACAUAACACGCGGACCGGGCACGCCUAAUAACAAACCCCGAGAUGAUGCUAAGGGAAGCAAACCUCAACGAAAUGUGACAAAAACAACAUUAUUAUCUCAGUAGUUAUAUUAAAUUUGCUCUUACGGUUAAAUUUAUCAUUACAAAUACGUAUUGAGUUAUUAUUAUUAAUCCUUCUCUUUUGAUAGUUAUUAUUACUAUUAUUAUCAUUGCAAUUAUUGCUACAAUUAUCUUCCAUCAAGAAACGAAAGCGAAACGAAAUGCGCUUGCGGAGGAGUAGUAGAGAGUUCAGAUUAAUUGAGAUUAGGAUGUGGACGACGGGUGGGCGUUCAAAACGUUGCCACAUCAAUACUUCCAAAUUGAAGCAUAAACAAAUGCGUGCGCGUGUAUGGAGCGGCUACCACGGGUGCGGCAUUACAUCCAAACAUGUAUACAAGAACGAGUUAUGGUGAUAUGAGUUUUAGUAGUCGGAUGAGUCGAAUGAAUAAGAUUUCAGAAUGGCAAAAAACACCCUCCAUUGAUUGAUUGUGUAGUGCAAGGUGUACUCCCUGCAGAAGAGGAGAUACGAUUUGGAAACAUCACACAAAAAGUAUUAAGAAUCACGAUUCGUGAGUGCGAUCUGGUUUAGUAGAACCUCUCUUUUCGUUGUGGACAGGUAGUUGCUCUUUCAGAAACAAUGAGAAUAAUGAUGGGCAACCCACGAAGAAUAACAGCCAAUACGGAGAUAUUCAGGGACUCUACGGUGGACACACGUAAUUAGGACCGAAAGCAGCAAAUAAUAAUUUUUAAUAUAUUUUUUAAAAUUAUAUGAGUUUCGUUUUUUGUUAUCUCGUUCGAGUAUCACGAAUUCAGCUAUGUGUUAGCUUCUUCGCCUGAUGGGUUGACUUGUUGUGUUGACUAGUUCUGUAAUGCGCUACAUCGAAUUUCAUUUUUGGCGUUUCUUAUUAUUUUAUUGUUGCAGUCAAUUUUAUUACUGCUCUUACGUUUGUCGCUGUUUUUGUUGGUUUUCUAUUCAAUAGCUCAGUUCGAUGUGGCUACGAGCUAGAAACGAUGUUCAACAGCAGUAGUCUCGCAUUCAGCAUUUUAUGUUUCGCACAUAAUCCAUGCUCUUUGCUCUGGCGUAGUGUGGAGCUACCGAGAGAAAGAACCUAGCUGCAUUUACUCGAGCUAAUUGGGUUUCGAUAGCGGUACGCUUGAAUCCAGGCCUGUGGGGGAACUGAGAAAAAGAUUGAAUGAGUAUCGUGCGAAAAACCAUACAGGGAAAUUGGAACGUUUAGUGGGAAACUUAUGGUUAUGCUGCUGACAAACAACGACACAUUUUAAGAUGUCCGUUGAUCGACAGCAACUCCAAAUCGAUCGAAAGACGGGCACGGCCUAGUUGCGGCGGAGAUGUGGCGGGCGGUUCGCUGCUUGGAAGGAAGCUUCAGAGCAAAGCACCGCGGAUACGAAAUGCGUUGUCCCAUUGGGUUGCGUCGAAACGACAUGGUGUAAAUGGAAGAAAAAUUCGUCCUCUAGGAAAAACAAAAACAGAUUUGAUAAUCUUGUGGCCGUAGGUAAAAGCGUAGCAUAUGAGUGCAUUGUAUUAUAUGUAGCUUAAAAUUAAAACUGACUAUAAAGAAUCGAUAACGAUGAUUGGAAAACGUAGACAGACCGUUAAACGAAGAAAUACGGCGACAGCGCAGACAGUAAACAGAAACAUAAUAGAGAUUGUCCAUAGUGUAUGAUGCCCACGCAAACAGUUCGGUUUUCUCUAUGAAGAGAAGAAACACCUCGUGUGUGUUUUAAUAUGUCACGAACGCAAAACACACCACACCGUACAUAUUUUCUUACACACACAAACACAUUUGUUAUGGUUUAUUGUUCUGUUGUCAUAUUGUUCAUUGUCAUACAAACGGGUUAUGUUUUAUCUUUAGCAUGUGGCAGUAGAAUUGUAGAAAGUAAUCUACAUUAAGCGAUGCAAUUCUUAGGGCUCCUUACGCAUCAUCUCUCUCGCAAACUGGGGAAGCAAAGUCGGACGAUGUCGGACGAAUAAAGUGUUAAAAAAAAAUAAUAAAAUAGAGACUACCCUCCAGAAACAAUAAAAGGAUAGAACACGCGUAAGCUUUUUUUUAAAGCCACGAUAUGCUGUGUAGACCCAACAGACACAACGGAGCAGUUUUUGUUAUUCAUACCGCCGUCAGUAAGCAUCGUAACUCGACUAGGGAAGGGAUUAGCAGUAGCAAAGAAUGAAACGAUAUAUGGUGUCAAUAGUGUUCUUCCUCUGAACGGAGCGUUCCGUUAGGUUGGCUAACCAAACUACGAUUACAAUUAAGUUCCUGUUUUGUGAAUUCUGUCUUUGUCUUGUGUUAUUCUUCUCUCCGUGUGAAACUCUCCAAACAUAAUAAUUUCACAUAGAUAAGCGGAGCACUUGAAUCCAUCAGUGACAAUAUUUGAUUUUGUUAUGCUUGAAGUUUUCCUUGUGUUUCAGAAUUCCCUUGGCUUUAUUGUACUGUUUACGUAAUAGAUUUACACUGAUUAUGAACGUAAUUCUUCCAGCUGUCUCCCCUUUGAAUUGAACCUGUUGCGUAUUGGAGCAUUCUAUGAGAGAUAGUAACGCCGAAUAGUUGAAGUUAUAUGCGUCACACAAGCUGCUGCAGUACAGUGCAAAACCGAAUAAAGUAAAUCAUAACACAAAUCCUAAAAGAACAUUAUGGCAUACAACAAACUAUUGCGCGUAUGCCGUACGCGGGAGUUCCAAUCAACAAUACCUAUUAUCAAAAUACAUAUAGCGACUAAUUGUGUAAUACCGGCAAUAAUGGUAAACUCGUUGAUGCGUUGUGUAGUGGACAUGGUUACUGCACUAGCUGAAAACAAUACAGGUGUGUCGAAGGCGUUAGGCAAAAAAUGCACCGAACGAAGCGAAACAAAUCAAAGGAUAAACAUCCUAACACAUACCUGGUCAUGUGUGUGUGUGUGUUUGUCACAAAUCAACAGGUGACAUUAUCAGUGCAAAUGUGGGCGAAUGCCGCGGCAGUAUUUAGAGCCUCCAUCAUGCCACACACGUGUGUUAGAGAACAGAGUAGCGCCUCGGUGCGAAAAUAAUCAAAUUAGACACAGAUCAAAAGGGGAACCGUGCGUGCGAACGACGAAGGCACGCGACAUUGCACUAUUACGUAGUAGAUCCUAAACAAAAGGCAUCUUUAUCCAUCCCUCCCAGGACAGAUUGCAUUAGCGCCGCGCAUCCACGUGAACCGAAGAAAUAAUGGCAGAAAAAAAUACAACUGAUAUGUGUACAAACUGUAAAACAAGAUUUAAGAAAGGAAUAUAUACAUGCAAAACCACUAUAUUAUAUAUACAAGCAUAUAUAAUGGUAUAUAUGUGGCGAUAAAAACAGAAACAACAUAAA